CCUUGUUGCAUUGGGUCGUAUUUUUGUGUUGCAAAAUCUGUAUUAAUCUUAUAUUAAUUGUUUAUCCAUCGAGUAUUUAAUACAAAAAUAUAAAACGGGAAGUUUUAAAAUCAUUUUAUAGUCUAAAACCCCCCAGAAAUGUUUAUUUUAUAAGGCCUAUUUUUUGAACGAUCGUUAGUUUUAUCUUUUGCAGAAAACUUGAACAAAAUGGCCGGUCGUGGACGUGGUCGAGGUUGGUUGAGUAAAUUUGAAUCCCAAAGUAAAGAGAUGAAGCCAUUCGAACAAAAAACCAACCCUGUUGAACAAAAGUCAAAUAAUUCAAACGGUUUUAUGGAAAAAAAUUCAACUCUUUCAAAGUUAAUGGCUAAAUACAAUUACAAAGCAAACCCAAAUUCACCUGCAGGGUUUAAAGAGUUGUCCAUCAGACAAAGUGAGGAGCUGUUUUUGUUAAGCGAGCAUAAAGAACAACCGCACUGGUGGCUUGUGAGGAACAAGGCAGGAGAAGAAGGAUAUAGUCCGAAAAGUUACUUAAUGAAAAUGGAAACAAAAGUGGCAUCAUUGCCAUGGUUAGAAAAUAAGAAAACUGUAGAAAUAAAUACAAAAGUUGUGCCUACACAUGUUGCACCUAAGAAAUAUGUGUCCGCAUAUAAAGAAAACCAAGGGAAAAGUGACAUUCAAUGGCACUGUGAUGUGUGCAACAAAUCAUUUAAUGGACCACACCCAUACAACAGCCACAUGGUGAGUAAAGCACAUAGAGAAGAAGUAGAAGUUGCUCAACUUUAUGGGAGGAUGUAAAUAUAACUAGAACGUUUCUUGAAUUGUGAACAAUUAUCGCUACAAUAGAAAGACACCCACGAAACAUAGGGAACCUAUUUCUAGGCCAUGCAAUAUACUUUGACUGUGAUUGUUAAUAUAUGGUGAAUAGAAAGCUAUUUUAUAUGAUGUCAAUGUUACACCUAUCCAAGUAGGGAAACUGUUUUUGUUGUGAAUUUGUUUAUCAAGUGAAUUCAUUUUAGUUUAAUACCUAAGUAAUACCCAAGCUUCAUGCAUCUAAUUUCGUUUUAGACUGUUCUUGUGUUCACGCAAUUGUGAAAUAAUUUCAAACCCAAACAUAUUUUCUUUCACA